UAUCCCAAAAUGCCUUAUCUUCAAGGCACACAACAAACUGAAUUAGCACCAACACCAAUAAAUCAUCAUCCAACUAAGCCAUCCACGUUAUUCACGGACCUCUUCAGCUUGAGGACUUUUCUGUUUGUGUGAAUGAGUAGACAAAAAUGCCAACAGCGUGUUCACGUGCAUCAUUCGUAUCAAUAUAGGUGUGACAAGCUUUUCACGCAGUCUGAGAAAUGGUCAGGCCUUGAGCGCAUCCGUCUCCUCCCUGCCAACCAACCAGCCAUAUUUACCUCCCAUUUGCAUUGUUAUUAUUUACACUCGAGACAAGUCCUAACCUAACCCAAGAAGGCGUCAAGAUGACGUCCGGAAUUAAAAAAUUUGGGCUUUUACUAUGGAAGAACUACAUUUUACAAAAGCGGCACAAGAUCCAAACUGUGAUGGAGUUGCUGGUGCCCUUAUUUUUCACGGCUGUGCUCGUUGCCAUCCGAGGUUUGUUGAGUUCAACCCAUGUGAAUCACCCCACAGUAUUCUACCCCUGGGAUGUUGACAUGGCAAAUGGAACGAGUGUCCCCAAGGGUUGUCAUAUCUUGUACUCUCCGAGAAACACUUUGACCGAUAUGCUAAUGAACGGUGCCAAUUCUCCAAUGGUCGAAAAAUACUUCCCUCGAGGCGGAUACAACUACACGGUCCACGGGUACGACACGGAGGACGAGUUGGUGGAGGCGUACACAGCCACUGGUUUCCCCAACUGCAAGAACGGUUUAAACGACACUGAAAGAAAUACCAACCUCGUUCUGGCAGCCAUUGUUUUUCGUGAUGGUCUAAAUGGCAAUAGUUGGACGGAUGUUAACGAAAUCACGUACGCAUUGAGAUUUCCUGCAGUCCAACAUAAUCAGAACAAUGGAGAUGACAUUGACAAGCCACGAUGGAUGACAGAAUUGCUCUACCCCAUUUUUCAAGUGCUGGGUCCCCGAGAAAACCCAGAAUGGGAGAAGAACACCACGGAGGAGUACUUUAAAUUCGAAAAUGAACACCACGGGGGACGACCAGGUUACUGGGCGGAGGGAUUUCUCUACUUUCAACACGCCGUGGACACCUCCAUCAGGAAAUUUAUCAGCCCAACUGAAAAUAUUUAUGAAACGACGGUUCAACUGGAACGGAUGCCUUACCCAAAGUUCAUCGACGACGUGUUCCUCAUAGCACUGCAGAACUUUUUGCCUCUGAUCAUCGUAUUCUCCUUCAUCUAUCCCGUCAUCAACAUUACCAAGAGCAUUGCACACGAGAAGGAAAAACGUCUCAAGGAAUCCAUGAAAAUGAUGGGCCUGCCCAACUGGUUGCACUGGCUCGCCUGGUUCAUCAAAUCAUUCUUCUUCAUCAUCAUCUCCAUCAUUCUUAUGGUCGUAUUGAUCAAGAUAAAAUUCUACGACGACGGAGAGUUGGCCGUAUUGACGAAAUCGGAUGGAUCUCUCCUUUUCGUCUUUCUCCUCAUCUACUCCUUCAGCAUGGUCACGUUGAGCUUCUUCAUUUCCACCUUGUUCUCCACUGCCAAUUCUGCUGCAACAGCUGCAGGUGUGAUAUUCUUCUUGUCCUACUUUCCCUACACCUUUCUCCAACAACGUUACGACACUUUGGGGAAGAGCACGAAAGUGCUGACGAGUUUGCUGAGCAAUACUGGGCUGUCGUUUGGGUGUCAGAUAAUUUCCAUGUGGGAGGGCGCGGGUGCAGGAGUGCAGUGGUCCAAUUUGCCAGACCCUGCGUCACCCGAUGACAACUGGUCAUUCCUCGACGUCAACAUCAUCCUCUUUGUGGACGGGAUUUUGUACCUUCUGCUCGCCCUGUACGUCGAAGGGGUGUGGCCAGGAGAUUAUGGUCUGCCAAUGCCUUGGUAUUUCCCAUUCACGUCGUGGUACUGGUGUGGGACACCACGUGGCGACGAAACAAUUGCCGUUACCUCUGUCGAUACGAGACAAAAAUAUCCGCAAAAUUUCGAAAAGGAGCCGAACGGCAAGGCCGGAGUCCAAAUUAAAGGGCUGACAAAAGUAUUUGGCCCCAAAACUGCUGUCAACAAUUUAUACUUGAACAUGUUUGAUAACCAAAUUACGGCUUUGCUCGGGCACAACGGCGCAGGUAAAACGACGACAAUGAGUAUGUUGACGGGACUAUUUCCCCCCACGACAGGAACUGCGAUUGUCAACGGAUACGAUAUUCGACAUGACAUUCAAUCCGUCCGAGACAAUUUAGGAUUGUGUCCACAACAUGACGUAUUAUUCGACGAAAUGACAGUUUCUGAGCACUUGAGAUUUUUUGGAAUUCUGAAAGGAUGUGACGCCCAAACUCUGGACAAGGAAGUCGCCCGAAUGUUGAAAGCUGUAAAUUUGGAGGCCAAGGCGGAUGCACAAGCCAUGUCGCUCUCGGGAGGCAUGAAGCGUCGCUUAUCAGUUGGAAUAGCUUUCGUAGGCGGGUCUCGCGUCGUGCUGCUCGACGAGCCAAGUAGCGGGCUGGAUCCUGGAGCAAGAAGGCAAAUUUGGGACUUGAUUCAACUCGAGAAGAAAAAUAGGACCAUUAUUUUAUCCACUCAUUUCAUGGACGAGGCUGACCUAUUGGGAGAUCGCAUCGCCAUUUUGGCCGAAGGAACAGUCCAGUGUUGUGGGAGCUCAUUGUUUCUGAAAAAGAAGUACGGCGGUGGCUACCACUUGAUCAUUGUCAAGAAGACGCAUUGUGACGUGGAUCGCAUCACGGACUUUUUACGCCUCCGUGUCCCACACAUUGAGAUUGACCAAAAUGUCGGCUCCGAGUUGUCGUACUCGCUUCCGGACGACCUUUCGUACCUUUUCGCCGACAUGUUUGAGGAGCUGGAGCAGAGGAAGGAGGAGCUGGGCAUUGCCAGCUACGGGGCCAGUAUUACUACGAUGGAAGAAGUCUUCAUGCGUGUGGGUAAAGAUGCUGAAGAAGAAUUUAGACGUGAGGCUGGUGAAAUUGUGUCGAUUCCGAUGGAGAAUGGGCACAGCGUGCACACAAACAAAUUGUACCAGCAUUUAGAACGCAACACGGGCGCACAACUUCUAAUGCAACAACUUUGGGCGAUGAUCAUCAAGAAGUUCUUGUACACGAUGCGGAAUCGAGUCCUUUUGGCGGUGCAGACCAUCAUCCCGAUCGCCUUCCUCAUCAUCACCAUGAUCAUGCUGACCACGCUCCCAGACGUCGUCAGCCCACCCCAGAUGGAUCUCCACCUCGAGAAAUACAAGGAGUACGGACAGACCUACACGCCUCUCAACUGUAAAAUUACUUCACGUCCAGUCUGCGACGCGUACACGACCACCGCACAACAGUUUUCCUCCUCAGUCGUGGAGACGGGGGACGUGGAGAAGGAGAUCAUCGAUGCGGCGGAGAAAAACCUGCCCGUGUACACUUAUCAAUACAUCGCAGGCAUGACUGACUUUAGCACGGAUGACAAUAAGACUUACCGAGGGUACUUCAACAACCAGCCCUUCCACGCCAGUCCGGUCAGUCUCAACCUCAUCAGCAACGCGCUACUCAAGGCCGCACGACCUAAUACAGCAGCAGACCUGCUCAUCAGAAUCUCCAACCAUCCUCUCCCUCUCAACAAAGUUGACCAGAUUGACGAGAUUGGGACCGCCCAGAGUGACGGUUUCCAAAUCGGUUUCACAGUCGCGUUCGGAAUGUCGUUUUUGGCCGCAAGUUUUGUCGUGUUUCUCAUCAAGGAGAGGGAAACGAACGCGAAGCACUUGCAGGUCGUCUCUGGCGUCAAGUACCUCGUGUUCUGGGUGGCGUCCUUCCUCUUUGACGCCGUGAACUACAUCAUUCCCUGCUUGUUCCUCAUCAUCGUCCUCCUUGCCUUCCAGAGCGAGGACUUCAAAAGUGCAGAGAUGCUGGGGUACGUCUUCAUCCUGCUUCUCAUGUACGGAUGGAGCGUGAUUCCAUUCAUGUACCUCUUUUCCUUCGCCUUCACAAUUCCGGCGAGUGGGUUCACAAGAAUGGUCAUGUUCAACAUUUUUACUGGAAUGGCGACAAUCUUGGCAAUUUCUAUACUCCAAGUGCCAGAACUUGAUUUAAAGAACAUCGCGGACACGUUGGAAUGGCUCUUCAUGCUCCUCCCUAAUUUCAACUUGGGAUACGGACUGUCACUCCUGUCCGCAAAUCGACAACUGCACAACUUGUGCCCUGCAGCUUUGCUAAUCAGAGCCACGCUCUGCACCGACCUGCCGGACAACAUGUGCUGCAAAGAUUACCCGACUGGUUAUUUGGGGUGGGGGCAGAGGGGCAUCGGUCGCAACCUCUUUUUCAUGUUUCUCGUCGGAGUGGCGUGUUUCCUCAUCAUUUUCAUCAUGGAGUCCAAAAUAAUUCAGCGUAUCAGGUUCGGAAGGAGGUCGCAAGUCGUUGCGAAAAAUGGUGAUGAUGGGAUGUCGUUGCUUGACGCGGACGUGAUGGCGGAAAAUGCGAGGAUACGAGACACCAAUUUGACCCAACUCUACCAAACCGACAAUCUUAUUCUCAGAGAUUUGACGAAAUUGUACGGAACCUUCACGGCUGUGGACAGUCUCUGCCUGGGCGUACAGAAGGGAGAGUGCUUUGGACUCCUUGGAAUUAACGGAGCUGGAAAAUCGACGACAUUCAAAAUGUUAACUGGGGACAUACCGAUCACUUCUGGGGAUGCGUUCAUUUAUGGGCGCAGUGUCAAGUCCGAGAUUAAGAAAGUUCAGCAGGAAUUGGGAUACUGCCCGCAGUUUGACGCCCUCAUCCCAGAAUUAACUGGGCGAGAGAUUAUCCGCUUAUUUGCUCGUCUUCGAGGUGUCAAAGAGCCAGAAAUUGAUAGUUUGGCGGAUGCACUCGCUGCUAAAUUGCUGUUCACUCAGCACAUUGACAAACCAUGCGGCACUUACAGUGGCGGAAACAAACGUAAAUUAAGCACUGCUCUCGCUUUGGUUGGCAAUCCACCCAUGGUUUUAUUAGAUGAGCCAACCACUGGUAUGGAUCCCGUUGCCCGCCGUCAUUUAUGGGACGCUAUUAGUGACAUCCGAGAGGCAGGAACUUCCAUCGUGCUCACCUCUCACUCCAUGGACGAGUGCGAGGCCCUCUCCACUCGCUUGGCCAUUAUGGUCAAUGGUGCAUUUAGAUGCUUGGGUUCGACCCAACAUUUGAAGAACAAAUUUGGUGAAGGUUACACCCUCAUCGCUCAGAUUGAAACGGGUCGUGAUGAAGAACGUCGCAUGACGAGACAAUCACUGGAACUUGGACGACGUCGAAGUUCGACACUAAAACGGGAAGGGGGGCAAGCGCAGCAAUUGCAGUCUUGGGAAGUGGAACUCCAACCACUGCGAAACUAUAUUGAGCGCACAUUCCCAGGUUCCGAGUUGAAGGACAUUCACGCUGGAUAUGUGCACUAUCACGUCAAAAAUACGAGAAUAACUUGGGGCUACAUGUUCAAGAAGAUGGAGGAAGCGAAACCAGAAUUUAAAAUAGUUGCAUAUUCGGUCGGGCAGACCACGCUCGAACAGGUUUUCCUAAACUUUACGAGAACACAGAUGAAUUCAGAUGAAGAUUAAAUCAUUUUUGGAUUAGUUUUCAUACGCAUAUUUAUUUUUAUUUUGUGAAAAUUAUGAUUAAUAAACUAUACUCUUUGAAA